GCCCUGGCUGCUCUUCUCUUCCUUUGGUGGACCUUCCAGUUGUGGCACCUUCAGCAGCACGAUGCCGCGCAGGACGGGGUUGAAGUAAAGCGGUCUGGGGAUGACGACUGGAUGGUGAGAGCCUUGCAAGGGGAGUUGGCUGCUGCCGGCACGCAGACUUCGAGGUUGAAGGAGCAACGGGAUGAACUGCGAAGUUCGCAGAUGGCCUUGCGUCACGAGAAAGCGGAUGCGGAGAAACGAGCCUACUCGGUCACCUCGGAGUUGGGGGAUCGGGAUGGGCAAAUCAGCGACCUGGAGGAGGCGCUGCAGUCCACCGACGACAUCGCCGAGAAAUUACAACACGAGUUGGCCGACGGCGCCUUGGCCUGGCGCCAGGGCCUGGAGGCGUCGCAGCAAACGCUCUCGGAGGUCAGGGGGAAGGUGAAACGUGGCCAAUCCCAGCUGGAAACACAACAAGGUCAGAUCGUGCAGCUCCAGGGAGAGAUUCCCAGUUGCACGACCAUCUCAAGGCCGCCGAAGGCCGCUACAAUCAGUCGAGUAGGUCUUUGGAGGAUGCAGCCAAGCAGCGGAAGGAGCUGCAACAGCAGCAGGGGGAGCUGCAACAACAGCUGAAGGCAGCACACGGAAAGGAGGCGGAGCUCAGGAG